CCGCACUUUCUUCUCUAGUUUAUCCAGCACAGGACUAAGUAGCACUGGGGUGGUUCGCCCCUGCGCUGCACUGCCGCUGACAGCUUUUAGUCAAACUUUCAAAAACUUCCUCCAUCUUGUUUGUUAGUUUUUAAUUUGUCUGGUUCUAUUGUUUGAACUGACCAAGCUCUCCGUCAUGUCACUCCGGACCAGCCGCAAAACCACCACCACUUCCUACCGGACCAUGAACGCGUCUUCACCGGAGCAAAUUACGGCUCCGGUGAUCACGACCAGGUCGGUGUCGCCGAUUCAAACUGUUCAGAACGGCGGAUACGAGACUGUUCGGUACCUGGUUCCAAUGCAACAGCCGGUGCAGCAACAGCAGUACAUGCUGAUGCCGCAACCUAUGAUGCCGCAACCUAUGAUGCAGUCUAUGGUCCAGUGCGUGUCUCCGGUCUACCUGCAGGGUAUGCCCCGGCUGAGCGUCAGCAGCCAGGAGUCCGAAUUGAUGUACCUGCAGCAGCCGUCAAUAGAGACCAUAAGCCGAAAAUCUUCAUCUGUGUUCAGCGCAGCAUCGAGUCCGAUCAAGAGCCCGGAGCCAAGUGUUGGAGAGGAGGAGGAGGAGGAAGAGGAAGAGGAAGAAGAAGAGGAGGAAGACGAUGAGGAGGACUCAGUCUUGGUGGAAGAAAUUGAGAUUGUCAACGUCAUACAGCAGAAGCCACCAGUGGAGAAGGUCACCAGGGUGGAGGUGAAGUCCGAGUUGAAGGAUGUGGUUCAACCGACCAAGAUGGACACGAGAUACUUCGGGGAACUGCUGGCUGACGUCUACAGGAAGAACUGCGACAUCCACUCCUGCAUCUCUGAGCACGUGUCCAAGAUCAGAGGAUCGAAACAUCAGACGGAAUUCAGCAAUGACUACAAGAUGGAUGAAGUGGAGGCUCUGAUUCCUAAAGGCGCCACUGAACUGACCAAACAACAGAUUCGUUACUUGCUGCAGACUCGUCUGAUUGCAGAUAGGAGCAUGCGUCUGCUGCUGUCCACCUUCAGCAGCCUCAGAGAGGAGCUGCUGCACAUGUCAGAGGACCUGCGGCGUCUGGAGGGGGAGAAAGAAGCUCUGGAGCGAGAUCUGACUUUUAAAGCAGACCAGGCUCGACAGUACGACAGUCUCCUGGAGGCUGUGAGAGAAAACAACAGACAGCUGCAGGUGUCUCUGAAGGAGAGCAGUGCCACACAGCGUUCCUUGGAGGGCAAACUGAUGAGCACCCGCAGCACGGACUCCAGCCGCGAGUUCAAGGUUAAAGAGCUGGAGGGAAGGAUGAGAGCGCUGGAGAAGGAGAACGAGAUGCUGAGACAGAAGCUGGCAGGUCAGGGCAACAGCACCACUCUACACUUGAAGACAGAGGAACUGUCGCGUCAGUACAACGACCAGCUGAGCACCAUCAGACGAGAAAAAGAGGAGGAGAUCCAGAGACUGAGGAGCCAGAUCACCAGAAUCCAGACGGAGGUGAGCACCACCACCACCACCAAGUCAUCCUCAGAGAAGAGCCUCGAGCUGAAGAUCUCUGAGCUGUUGGCCAUGUUGGAUCAGCGGCAGUCGACCAUCAAACGCCAGGAGGAGGAGAUCAAGAGGCUGAUACAGGAGAAAAGCGACAGCUCCAAGAAUGUCACCAAGACCAUCAUCACUAAAAGGUACAGAAACCAGUAUCCAAUCCUGGGUCUGCUCGGUGACGACUAUCAGUACAACUCGCCAAUCACAGAGGACAAGACCAUCAUCAUCGAAUGAACUGGAGAGAUGAUCAAACAGGUAACAAAGGAAGUCGUUACAUGUCCUUAAAGACACACUGCUUCUCUCUGACAGGAAUGAUCCAACGACCUGGAGAUGUCACGUCACCUCUCUCCCCCGUCCUCCUCCCCCUCAAACCUAUGCUCCCCUGCAUGUCUCUGUUCUCUGACCCCUUGCCUGCCCUCCCCUCUCCGCUCUUCUCUUCCUCAGGGCUAUCAGCACAAUGAUGGUGGUAAUUGUUAAACUCUACCUUUUAAAAAAACUAAACAAACUCUUUUGUCCUUAUUUGGUAUAAAUGGUUUCGUUCAGGCAUUUUGGACGAAAAAGGUUAUUUAAAUGUUUUUUUUUUAUCACUUUCUGCUACCUUGUUGGGUGAUGACAUAGAAGGUGAGGUGGCAGUGAUUCAACCAACACACUUAUUUUAUACUGUAUGUUCUUCCUAUUGACUUAUUCAAAAUUCAAGAUUUUAAAAUCACAAUUAGCCACAGGUGCUACAUAUUAUAUUAUAUUUGAUAUUUGAUGCAAGACUGUUGUAUAGCAGUGAAACAGGGCAUGGGUGACAAUUGACCGUAACAUCAUAAUAAAAUAUAUGGGCAGAAUUAAAAAAAAGAUGCAUCAGAGAACGAGUCGGGGAGUUAGCAUGGUAGCAUGUUAGCAUGUAGUUAAAGAUGAGUUGGUGGUGAGUCCUGAAGAAAGAGAAAAGGGAAAAACUACUCGAAUACUUUUAGGGAAGACGUUGAGAAGUUAGAAAGAAAGAUGUGGUGAAGAUUGUUUGUUUGAAACUGUAAGAUCAGGUUUGAUUGUUAAGGAAUAGUUGAAGUUGCUACAUUUAUAAUAGUUUCUUUACAAAGGUUCCUGAUCAGUGAUAUGAACUCAUGAACACUUAACCACCACAGCAACAUUAUCUGUUAGCCCCCAGGACCAACCUACCAAUUCCUACUGCUUUCCAUGUAAAUAUUUCCAAACAAAAAUAUAUAUAUAUAUAUAUAUUUGAAAUGGGUUUGCGCAGCUUGUGUCUCCGCCUGGGUGACUGCAGGGGGCGCCCUUUUUGCAUUUUAAUGGUUUAAAAGAACAUUCAAAAUUCAAAGUUCCUCACAGGUAGUUAGCUUCAGUUCUUGUUGAGUCUGUAAUUUUUUUAAAGCUCUUUGUUGAUUAAUAUGUCUGUAUUGACAUCAGAUUUGUCCAGGAACAUGCUUUUCCUGGGCAGUGUUUUACAGCAGGAUCUGGGUUUGGGGCAGCGUGGGGUGGGUGGGGCCAAAGUGAUAGUCUGAGUUUUUAUGAAGUGUGAUUGUGUGGGACAAACACGGAGGCAAUUUACACACUGGUUCUGAGCUUCAUGUACCAGACGCUAUGAAGAAAAUCAACAUUUUUAUCUUGAAUAGUAACUAAAACCAAAGAAGUAAAUCUUGUGUAAAAUUUUAACGAUUUGGUACUAAAUGGGCAGUAUGAAAUGUGACACAAAAAUGUUCAUCAAUUUGUUUCUGGCCAGCAGGGGGAGUCCUUGAUCGUGUGAAUACCUAGUACUUUCACACGUGAUAAAAACUCAACUAUCCCUUUAAAAGCUUGUUGGCUUGAUGUUUGAACUGCAGCAUGAUUUAAUGGGUCCUUAAAAUGGUGGAAGAAAAUGUAAAAGCACAACUUUCCAAAGACAUUGUUUGUAAAGUGAGUCUGUCUCUCGCUUAUGGUUCAGACGCUGUGUCCACUGGCUGCUCCUCUCCUCUGACCGGCUGACGGACAGUGUGGCUGCAGCCAGGGCCACACAGUAUCAGAAAAAACAUGAAUAAAGAAAAUGUUUUACUUUUUAAAUAUGUUUUUGUCUUAUGUGUGUUCUUUGCUAUAAAUAACACGUUUACUUGCAGUAGUUUCUGUCUGCUGUCAAAAAUAAAUAAAUAAAAAGGACAAUAACACACUUGCCACACUAAAUUUAUAAAUAACCUUCCAGGUCUGAAAUGUCAGCCAAAAUUUGCCAAAAUUAGAUUCUUGAAAAGAACGACAGCCUUCGGCCAAAACACAUCACUUUAAGAUAAUCCUCUGUCACUGAGUAUCUCAAUGUUCUUCAGCUGAUCACCAGUACUGAAGGAAAGACGCCCUCCAGUGGACACAGUCGGCUUUUUACGUGUACGUCAAUAUUUUUGGCUAUAGUGAAUUGUCCAAGUGCCUUAUUGUUAUUUUGGGGACGACCAGAAAAUGUAAUGCAUUGAUCAGAGCACAGUUACACCCCCCUCCAAAAAUAAUUAAGCUAUAUAAAUGUGUAGUUUUUGAUCUGCAGUAUGUAAGAUUGGUUUGUAUUUAUUUUCCUAUUGCAGGUUCAUUUCCUAUUUGCUGGAUUUUUCUGACAACUGACUCAGCCUAAUGUGUCACUGAGAAAAAAAAAACAACAGUUUGUGAAAGAUUGUCAUUAAAACCAGUGAUGUGUCUUUGUA